CAGACAAACACCAAGCGCUCGAAAAACCUCAUUUCACGUCCUCUCCAAAAAUCACUCUUUUCCGUCCGGUUUCUCUUUGCGAUAUUUUGGUCGUGGUCUUAGCAGCAUUUUCGCAUCGUUGCGCUUGCAAACGGUUUUUUCGAGAUCGAGGUCAGAGUUUGGGUCGGUGUUGCGCGCGGGGUGCAGCAGAAGUUAACCAUGGUGAUGCCUCUGGGUUCAGUUUCCAGAGUGGCUGUCUGCGUCGUUCUUGUCGUGAUUUGCUCUGGGGUCUUCAAGUGUGAUUCUCAACUCUUGCCGCGAGAUGAAGUGGAAACACUAAAAACAAUUGCCACAAAAAUGCGGAACAAAUACUGGAAUGUAACCACGAAAUCAUGCAGUGAUGGUAUAGGUCUAAACGUGACGACCUUGCCUUCGGGAAUGACAAGCAAUGUCACUUGUGAUUGUUCCUUCAUUAACAGCACAGUUUGUCAUGUCACGACAAUCCAGCUGAAGGGACUUAAUUUGACAGGGAUUUUUCCUGAUGAAUUUGGCAACCUCACUUGCCUAAGAGAAAUAGACCUCACUUCUAACUACAUCAGUGGACCACUCCCUACAACUCUUACUCAGAUACCACUUAUCAUUUUGUUGGCGCUUGGAAAUCGCAUAAGUGGUAUUCCAAAGGAAAUUGGCAACAUCAUCACACUGGAGGAGCUUGUACUGGAGGACAAUUUGCUUGAAGGCCCUCUUGAGCCAAACAUUGGCAACUUGAGCGGCUUAAGGAAACUCCAACUCUCUGCUAAUAAUUUCACGGGAACGAUACCCGAAUCCUUUGGCAAUUUGAAGAACUUAGAAAAUUUUCGUAUAGAUGGAAGCACAUUAUCAGGAAAAAUACCUGAUUUUAUUGGGAAUUGGACCAAAAUUACAAGAUUAGACAUGCAAGGCACAUCUAUGGAGGGACCUAUUCCUUCAAGCAUAUCUUUGUUGAAAAACCUAACAGAGUUGAGAAUAUCUGAUUUGAAAGGUUCAAGCUCGAAUUUUCCUAAUUUGCUUAACAUGACCAUGAUGAAGACUUUGAUUCUGAGAAAUUGCUUGCUUACUGGUUCAAUUCCAUCUUAUAUUGGGAGUUGGACAAGGUUAAAAACAUUAGACUUGAGCGUCAACAGAUUGACCGGUGAAGUUCCCGACACGAUGGGAGCUGCUCUGGAUUACAUGUUCCUAGCAAACAACUCCCUUACAGGAGCAGUACCCAGUUGGGUAACAAGCAGCAAAAAUUAUCUCGACUUAUCUUACAACAAUUUCAACGGUUCUUCUCAUAUCAGUUGUCAGCAAUCACAAGUUAAUUUGGUUUCCAGUUUUUCAUCUAACAGAAACAACUGGCUCUGGUGCAUGGAGAAGGAUCUUCCUUGUAGCGGGAAAGCACAGUACAAUUCUAUGUUUAUCAAUUGUGGAGGACCCAAAAUGACUUUUGAGGGGAAUGAAUAUGAGGAGGACACCAAUCCGAACGGCCCAUCGAUUUUCUCCUCUUUUUCUUCUGCUUCUUCGGAAAAGUGGGCUUAUAGCAGCAUCGGGCUUUACAUGGGAAAUGUUGAAGCUGCUUACGUAGCGAAUAACCCACUUUCUAUGAAUGUGAGCGGCUCGGGAUUUUACGAAACGGCUCGCCUUUCCCCUUGGUCGAUCAGAUACUAUUUCCUUUGCAUGAUGAAAGGAAGUUACAAAGUGCGGCUCCAUUUUGCUGAAAUUCAAUAUUCCGAUGACAAAACAUUUAGCAGCCUUGGGAGACGUAUAUUUGACAUAUCGAUACAGGUGAUUCUUGUUAAUUCUUGCGGGGCAAUCAAGUGUUGAAGGAUUUUAAUAUUGCGAGAGGAAGCCGGGGGUGUGGGGAAGGGCAUAUACAGAGAUUUCGAUAACAUUUAUGUGAAUGGCAGUACUUUGGAGAUUCACCUAUAUUGGUCAGGGAAGGGAACCACGGCCAUUCCAGAUAGAGGUGUCUAUGGACCACUUAUUUCCGCUAUUGCAGUGACACCGAACUUUGAUGUUGGAAGUGUUGGACUAUCAGCUGGAGCAAUCACUGGAAUCGUGGUAGCUUCCGUGGUCCUCCUUGUAUCGAUAUUACUAGUCCUCUGGCUAACAAGAUUCUUAGGCGGUAGAGAAGUUAAUGAUUUAGAUCUCCAAACUGGCCAUUUCACUUUACAGCAAAUCAAAGCUGCUACAGGCGACUUCGACUCUGUGAAUAAGAUAGGUGAAGGAGGGUUUGGGGCAGUUUACAAGGGAACACUGUUGGAUGGAACUAUUAUUGCUGUGAAGCAACAUUCUUCUAAAUCAAAGCAAGGCAAUCGUGAAUUUCUCAAUGAGAUAAGCAUGAUAUUUGCUCUCCAGCACCCAAAUCUCGUAAAGCUUUAUGGCUGCUGCAUUGAAGGAAAUCAAUUGUUGCUGGUUUACGAAUAUAUGGAGAACAAUAGUCUUGCCCACGCACUUUUUGAUGAGCAACAAAUUGAGUUGGAUUGGGCAACGAGAAAGAAAAUAGGUUUGGGAAUAGCAAGGGGAUUGGCUUACCUUCAUGAGGAGUCUACAUUGAAAAUCGUUCAUAGGGACAUAAAAGCAACAAAUGUGCUGCUUGACAAGGAACUAAAUGCCAAGAUUUCAGAUUUUGGUUUGGCCAAACUUGAUGAAGAAGAAAAUACGCAUAUUAGCACAAGGGUAGCUGGAACAAUAGGUUAUAUGGCUCCUGAAUAUGCGAUGAGGGGCUACUUGACAGAUAAAGCCGAUGUCUAUAGCUUUGGAGUCGUCACUUUGGAAAUUGUCAGUGGAAAGAGCAACACAAAUUACAGGCCAAAGGAGGAAUUUGUUUACCUCCUUGACUGGGCCUAUGUGUUACAAGAGCAAGGGAAUGUUCUUGAACUCGUGGAUCCACGCCUCGGCUCAGAUUACUCCAUGGAAGAGGCAAUGCGAAUGCUAAACCUGGCACUACUAUGCACCAAUCCUUCACCAACUCUCAGGCCACCAAUGUCAACUGUGGUGAGCAUACUCGAAGGAAACAGCCCGAUUCAAGCACCGAUAAUCAAGCGCUCCGCAACGAAUCCAAAUCCUAGGUUCAGAGCCUUCGAGAGGCUAGCUAAUGACAUCCAAACAAAUGUCUCGACAUUCUCUCAGGACACUCACCUGGUGCCGGGAAGCAUGUCCAUCGAAGGUCCAUGGAUUGAUUCUUCAGCUUCUUUCAGGAGUAAGGAUGAGACCCACGGCCAUUCUUCAGAGAGCAAGCUUCUAUCAGAUUUUUAGGACUCGGAUAUGUUCAGUAAUUAUUAUGUGUUUCUAGCCAAUAGUGUAAAGGAAUUAGAUGGUGGAAAUAUAGGGAAUAAGACUAUCGCUGAAGGAUGUUACAUA